ACGGGCGCUUCGGGGCGGAGAUGAUCAGCGCCGCUUGCUGCAGAAAUAUCUGAUAAUCAACAAUCUCAGUGAUGCUCAGUGCAGAGGACUGACAUGGCAGGUAUGUCUGAGUACAGCCUGUAUCGCUGUUUUUGGACUGUAAAUCGAUCUGCAGGAUAAUGUGGGAACCGACGUCAUGUUCGUUCUCUAUCACAGAUGAAUCCCCGAACUCUUUCCAUUACCAGUGUUUGAAGUAUUUGCUGUAAUCACGCUGAACUCACAUAUGGUGCCCACGUGCUUCUGGCCUGUAAAUAAAAAGAGAACCUUUUUGCAAUAAAGUGCUGUUUUUGCACAUCAUUAUUCUUGUUGCCUUUUUUUAUGCUAGUCCUGGUCUAUAACUGGUUUGACCUUAAGGAAACAUGGAGGCCAAUAUGGAAUAUAUUGUGGGACUGGUCAUGCAGAAAGACUUGGGACGGCGACUCCAGGUUGGACAGGAGAUCAUAGACUACAUUCUGGAUAGGCAGAAGUCACAUGAUUUGGAGAAUGAUCAGACCAUGCUCGACAGGAUGGUGGACGGCCUGGCUACAACAUGGGUCAACUCGAGCAACUUCAAGGUGGCUCUUCUGGGAAUGGACAUUGUGUCUGCUUUAGUGACCAGAUUGCAAAAUCGCUUUAAACCCCAAAUUGGUACAGUCCUGCCUAGUUUAACAGACCGUUUAGGUGAUGCCAAAGACCAAGUAAGAGACCAAGCCCAGACACUGCUGUUAAAAAUAAUGGAUCAAGCUGCCAAUCCACAGUACGUAUGGGACCGAAUGUUGGGAGGAUUCAAACACAAGAACAACAGGACCAGAGAGGCUGUCUGUUUUUGCCUUGUUUCCACACUAAAUAUAUAUGGAGCCCAGGGUUUAACUCUGAGCAAGAUUGUGCCUCAUAUAUGCAGUCUGUUAGGAGACCCUACAAGUCAGGUUCGAGAUGGAGCUAUGACCUGUCUUGUAGAGAUUUACAGACAUGUCGGAGAGAGAGUUCGAAUGGAUCUUGGGAAAAAAGGCUUGCCACAAUCACGGUUGAAUGUAAUUUUUAGCAGAUUUGACGAAGUACAGCGAUCAGGGAAUAUGGUGCUGUCUGCAGAUAAGACCGUAGAUGAUGAUGACUCUGUGGAUGGAGGACGUUCAUCUGCUUCCUCUAAAGGAGCAACGUCUGUCCGCAGGACAGGAUCCAUGCGCAGGCCGAGCUCUGCCUCGAGCACCAAGAGCACAGGAAAAGAGUCAGGUGCUGGUGUUGUGGAUGAGGAGGAUUUCAUCCGUGCCUUUGAGGAUGUACCCACCAUCCAGAUUUACUCCAGCAGAGAGCUUGAGGAUUCCAUGAAUAAAAUCAGAGAGAUCCUCUCAGAUGAAAAACAAGACUGGGAGCACAGAGUGGUCGCGCUAAAGAAGAUGCGUUCGCUGUUGCUCGCUGGCGCCACCAAUCAUGAAACGUUCCUCCAACAACUGCGGCAGAUGGAAGGAGCGUUUAAGCUCUCUGCUAAAGACCUGCGCUCCCAAGUUGUCCGUGAAGCCUGCAUCACAUUGGGACAUCUGUCAUCUUUGCUAGGUAAUAAGUUUGACCAUGGAGCUGAGUCCAUCAUGCCCACGUUGCUCAAUCUCGUCCCUAACAGCGCUAAAGUGAUGGCCACAUCUGGCAUAGCAGCCAUCCGCUUUAUUAUACGACACACACACUAUCCUCGGCUUAUUCCCAUCAUUACCAGCAACUGCACGUCCAAAUCCGUGGCUGUCCGGCGGCGCUGUUAUGAGUUUUUAGACCUUUUACUCCAGGAGUGGCAGACGAGCUGCCUGGACAGGCAUGUAGCUGUUCUGAUGGAUACCAUUAAGAAAGGAGUCCACGAUGCUGACUCAGAAGCCAGAUCCGUCGCCAGAAAGUGUUAUUGGGGAUUCCAUGGCCACUUCAGUAAGGAGGCGGAGCAACUGUUUCAGGCCCUCGAGCAGACCUAUCAGAAAGCUCUGCAGUCACAUCUGAAGAGCUCGGACAGCGUGAUGUCUCUCCCGCAAUCCGAUCGCUCCUCCUCCAGCUCUCAAGAGAGCCUCAAUCGUCCGCAGUCUGCUAAAGCACCUGUAGUAAGCAGCGUAACCAGAAGUAAAGUGGUGAGCGCUAAAGUUUCCUCCACACCUGUCUCGCUGCAGCGAUCACGCAGCGAUGUUGAUGUCAACGCUGCUGCCACCGCCAAGUCCCGAAUGCCCAAAGUACCCGCUGCUGCUCAGUUUAGCUCUGCUGGUGCACUGCCACCUGGCUCCUACGCCUCGCUAGGCCGGGUGCGUACACGGAGACAGAGUUCAGGCAGCAGCGUCGGAGGCGGAGUCUCUGUUACAGAUAGUAGGGGGCGGAGCCGAGCAAAAGUGGUGUCGCAGUCGCAACGAUCCAGAUCAGCAAACCAAGCCAGUGUUAAGACCCACGCUGGGAGUCGUUCCAGUUCCCCUGGAAAGCUUAUUGGUCAAUCCUAUGGCAAAACGUCUUCUGUGACCCCUGCAGAGAAACGCAGUAGGAUACCACGAAGUCAGGGUUGCAGCCGAGAAAGCAGUCCCGGUCGCUCCGGCCAGGUGCGGGGGAGUCGUAUCCCACGGCCCAGUAUGAGUCAGGGUUGCAGUCGUGACACAAGCAGGGAGAGCAGCAGAGACACAAGUCCUGCACGGAGUUUUACUCCCCUUGUGUCUCGGCGCCAGUCACGCUCCACCAGUGCCCUGACAGGCGGCGACGCCCUGCAAACAGAUCGUUUCGGGCUGAUCCAUCAGGCACGGAUCUCUGCUUCAGUCAAUGCCAUGCGCAUCCUGAACACAGGCAUGGAGGUGGAGGCGGCUGUGGCUGAUGCUCUGCUAUUAGGAGACUCCAGGAAUAAGCGGAGGCCUGUAAGGCGUUGGUACGAAUCUCAAGGCAUGUACUCGGACGACGAUGCUAACAGCGAUGCCUCCAGCGCGUGUUCAGAGCUCUCCUAUAGCUCGCGAAACGGAGGAGUGCCGCACUACAUGCGUCAGACGGAGGACGUAGCCGAGAUCCUAAACCACUGCGCCAGUUCCAACUGGUCCGAGAGGAAAGAAGGUCUGAUUAGCCUCCAGAACCUUCUGAAGAGCCAAAGAACCCUCAGCCGUGUGGAGCUCAAGAGGCUGUGUGAGAUUUUCACUAGGAUGUUUGCCGACCCUCACAGCAAGGUGUUUAGCAUGUUCCUGGAAACGCUUGUGGACUUCAUCGUGCUGCACAGAGAGGAUUUGCAGGACUGGCUCUUUGUGCUCCUCACACAGCUGUUGAAGAAGAUGGGCGCUGAUUUGCUGGGUUCGGUGCAGGCCAAAGUGCAGAAAGCUCUCGAUGUCACCCGGGAUUCUUUUCCGUAUGAUCAGCAGUUCAACAUCUUAAUGCGCUUCAUUGUUGAUCAGACACAAACUCCAAACCUUAAGGUGAAGGUGGCCAUUCUGAAGUAUAUCGAGUCCCUGGCCAGACAAAUGGAUCCCACUGAUUUUGUGAACUCCAGUGAGACGCGACUAGCCGUCUCCCGCAUCAUCACCUGGACGACGGAACCCAAGAGCUCAGAUGUCAGAAAAACCCUGCACAGCUGGGUAAGUGAGGAGCUGGCAGGGAGGCUCAGCUCACUCACCCCCCUCCCCGUGGAGGGCACCCUGGAGGAGAGAUGUAAGCAGGCUGCUCAGAUUGUGCUGAUCUCCUUGUUCGAGCUGAACACACCAGAGUUCACAAUGUUGCUGGGAGCACUGCCUAAAACCUUUCAGGAUGGAGCCACCAAACUCCUGCAUAAUCACCUGAAGAACUCCAGCAAUGCUGCAGCCACGAGUUCACCGAGCAACACGGUUAGCCGCACACCUUCAAGACUCUCUGGUUCCCGUACUAGUCCCCUGACAUCCCCUACAAACUGCUCUCAUGGAGGCCUCUCACCCAGUCGUAUAUGGGGCUGGAGUUCGAAUGGUCUUUCAAAGGCCCCGUGUCCCUUCACUCCCCCUUCCUCUGGCCCUGGUACCCCCCCUCUCCGACCUGGGCGCCGGGCCCCCUCGCUCAGCAUGCUGGAAUACGACACAGAGAACAUGAACUCGGAGGAGCUCUACAGCUCUCUGCGAGGAGUCACUGAAGCCAUUCAGAGCUUCAGCUUCCGCAGCCAGGAGGACAGCUACGAGCCAAUCAAACGUGACGCCAAGAAAGAUGAUGCUAGUGCCUUAGCGUCACCUGCCGCAGACCCCCGACUAGGUACAGAUGUGAUGGAGGGGGGACGAAUGGCUCUGGACAAUAAGACCUCGUUACUGAACACACCGUCCCCUCGCUCUUUCCUGGGGCCGAGAACACGCGAGUACAAUCCCUAUAACUACAGCGACUCCAUUAGCACUUAUGACAAAGCCGCUCUAAAGGAGGCAGUGUUCGAUGAUGAUGUGGAGCAGCUCCGUGAUGGUCGGCGUCAAGAGUUUGGUGAAAACAAAAUCAUGGCUCCCAAAAGUUAUUCUGCAGGCCCUGCUCAGCACUUGGAGCUUGUUGGUGACCUCCUAAAAGAGCUGUCCAGUCACACAGAGCGUGUGGAGGAGAGGCGGGCCGCCCUGUUGGAGCUGUUGAAGGUGACCCGUGAUGACAGCGUAGCCGUUUGGGAAGAGCAUUUUAAGACUAUGCUACUGCUGCUGCUUGAGACACUGGCGGACAAAGACCACACCAUUCGGGCGCUGGCUUUGCGUGUUCUGAAAGAGAUCCUGCGAAGUCAACCUGCACGGUUCAGGAACUAUGCCGAACUGACUAUUAUGAAAACACUGGAGGCUCACAAAGACUCCCACAAAGAGGUGGUGCGUGCUGCAGAGGAGGCCGCCGCCACCCUGGCUUCCUCCAUUCACCCGGAGCAGUGCAUAAAGGUGCUGUGUCCCAUUGUACAGACUGCAGACUACCCCAUCGACCUGGCUGCCAUUAAAAUGCAAACCAAGGUCAUUGAACGCAUCCCGGAAGAGUCCCUUUAUCAGCUGCUUCCUGACAUCAUCCCCGGUCUGCUGCAGGGUUAUGAUAAUACCGAGAGCAGCGUGCGGAAAGCCAGUGUCUUCUGCCUUGUGGCGAUUUAUUCUGUGAUUGGAGAAGGGUUGAAGCCUCAUCUUGCCCAGCUGACGGGCAGCAAGAUGAAACUGCUGAACCUCUACAUCAAGCGAGCCCAAACUACCAACAGCAACAGCAGCAGCUCGUCUGACAUCUCCUCCCACAGCUAAACCAACCAACCACAUUCUUGAACCAAUCGCAACCUCACGCCCAGUCCAGUUUCACUGAAACGAUUCAGUUUCUUCAGAACACCCAAACACAUAACCUGGGUUCUUCUUUUCAUUUAAGAACAAUGUUUUUAUUUGAAUCUUUUAUUAGACCCGAAACAGCAGGUCUCGAUUAAUUUAGCCCUGUGUUUAGAGUUGAGACUUCGGUAUGGGGUCCAUGUUCCAGUAUGUGAUACUGAAAUGGGUCGCUUGUCUUGCCGUACUCCUGAAUGUGAGUGUAAUGUAUCAAGCAUUAACCAGAGCAGUUGUGCCUCAGUCCAGUGGACCUGUUUGUCUGUAUUCUUUUAUAGCGCAGUCUGUUUCUGUUUAAGGAAUACUCUUGCAUUCUCUCUGUCGCACAUCUGUAGAGUAUGUGUAAUGACCAUGAAAAGGACAGAAAACCUAUUCGUACAGUAUACUACUUUCUUAAAAUGAAAGUCUAGGGGCAGCAGUUUUUCUGCAAAGCACUUUUAUAGAUUUAUGAGUCAGUUAUGUUUUUCUGAUUAAAAUUUCUUUUUAGUAAUAGCCUUUUCAGAGACAGACAGAUUUUUGUCAUGGAAGAGUUGUUGGGUAUGUUCUGUAGUUACUGUAACACUAGGGAAUUCUCGAAAUUGUAUGUGAAGUACAGUAUCUGAAGUUUUUAAAUAUACUAAUGCAAUGUUGGAAUGUAGAGUAUCAAUGUUGGACCAGUACAUGAGAGUAUUUUCGUUAACAUUUUUAUUACUGUUCAUUUUUCAUUCGAGUUUUAAUUCUUGUUAUAUAGACCUAAUAAUCUUAAACAUUAAUUUAUUGCACCAACAUCUGCCCUUAGACCUAGACACCCAUCAGCCAAAACAUUACACCUACAGUAGUAUUUUGUAGGUUCCCCAUGUGGUGCGUGGCUCUGCAGGGCAUUUGGGGUGCGCUGUGGUGUCUGGUACCAAGACAUUGGCAGUAGAUUCUUUGGCGGCUGCAGGUUGUGGGUUGGGGCCUCUGUUGAUCAGACUUGUUUCUCCACGGAAUGAGAUCACGAGGAGAGUUUGGAGGCUUGUUUGAUGGCCUUGGGCUUUGUGACUUCUGGGCCCUGUGUACGGCGGGCUGUGCACUGGGCGUUCUGGUGCUUGUCUAUCAUGGCCAUAGAGUGCAAUGAGUUUUCUAUGGGAUUGGACCAGACAGUCUGACCUUUGGUCCCUGUGGGCAUGGGUGAGCCUUGGGUACCCUUGAUUCUGUCACCGGUUGGUGCUGGAUUAUACGUAGUUGGUUAUCAGUGUUAAUGUUUUGUGAUUUUCAUGUUUUGGCUGAUUGGUGUAUAUUAUACAGUAAGUCAAAUUAUUUUUUUAGUACACACAGUUUUAUGGGAAAACUUGAUGUUUGGACCCCUACAGAGAAAAUGUCUUCUCAGAAUUUUAUUAGAAUUUGAAAGGGAAUCUCAGUAAAGGAAAUCCGGUAUUUGGCCCCCAUUUAAAAAAAAAAGUAAAAAUAAAUAAAACUAAAGCAUCUGCUGUGAUUACACCUACCCUACAGAUCUUGUGUACAGAUAAUAGGUUGAAAGAUUCUGGAGUAUUCCUUUAACUUCCUAUAAGUUCCCUAUUUCCUGUCGCUGGUUGGCUAAAGAAAACCACCCUGUCAGCUGCUGUAUUAUUGUUAGCUUAAAUCAACUUUCCAGUGAAGGACAUAUUUAGUAAAUGUAAGAACUAGAUUAAUUGAAGAUGCAUUUCUAUGUACAGUAGGUGUAGUAAUAGACAUCUUUAUCACCGCUGCCUCAAAUUGCUGGAAAAUUCUGUUGCAUGUCAAUCAUUCGGACCUACAGAAAAUUCACUUUUUGGGUGGCAUUUAAUUCUAAAUAUGCAAGAACUACAAGAGAUUGUAUUUGUACAGUAAUCGUCCUUUUGUCCAUUUAGAAGGAAGAAAAAAGAUGAAGGAUAACUUUAUCCCUGGUUGAUUCUGUAAAAAGAAAAAAGAA